CAAAGUCCUCAACAAACAGUAGCCAUUUAUCUCCUGCUGAUUCUGCACAACCUCUCUUUCUCUCUCUAUCUCUAUGAGAAGACUUUCUCUCUCUAGAACCAAAUCAACAACCAACCCCUCCAAGAAGAAACAAAGAAACAACACAACCUUCUCUCUCUCUCUCCCUUGGGUUUAUUUUUUCUCUCUCUAAAAUGGCCCAGCUGGACCAAAAUUUAUGUAGAAUAGAGGAGAAAAACAAAAAAAAGGAAAGAUGGAAAGAUAGGAGAGAAGGAAAGAUAUGUGUCUUCAAAUGUCCUCCAACCACUGCUAUUCUACACCGCAUCUUCCCACAAAUACCCCUUCUUCUUCACUACUCUCCUCCCAAUCUUUAUGGGCCUUUUGGGCUUCUCACUUUCUCCAUGUCUUUCAGAAACAAAAACUACAUACACAGACGCGACCCUCGCUCCUUCUACUUUCUCUCUCUAUAAUUACAUCCCCCUUUUGUUCUCUCUCCCUCUCUCUUCAAUCCCAAUCCUUAUCCACGUAUUGGGUUUGCGGUUGUUUCUUCUUUGCUUUAUUUCCAAGUUUUGUUUGUGGGUUUAAUGGAUUCUCACCCACUCUCUCUCUCGUCUUUCUGUUCCUAUAUUUGAUCUGGGUCUCCGUUUUCUGGGCUUAAUCUGGGUUUUCUGUUAUUGGGGAUGCAAGUUUGAGGAAGAAGAUGAAGAGGGUUCCUUUGGCUUCUCGGCAAUCUCGUGCUCUUGGCGAUGAAAUUAGGGUUGGGUUCAAACAUCAAAGUCUAUUGCAGGAUUACUUGGAAUUACAAAAGGAAUUUGUGGCAAAGAAGAGGAAACUACUGGCAGCAAAUCAGAAGAGAGAAACCCUUUUGGCUGAAGUUCGAUUCUUGAGAGGAAGGUAUAGGUAUCUAUCAAAAAUCCAAUCUCCACCACCCAAACCAGAGCCACUGCAAAAUCCAGACAUUCAAAGCAAAAAGCUUCCAAAGCAGAAGAACCCUCAUGUCAAUGGAGUUGAUGUAAAGAGCAAAAAGAUUGCAAAGACAAGGAAUCCUAGUGCCAAUGGAGCUGUUCUGAAAAGGCCACCACCUCCUGCAGGCCUGAUUUUGGGUGGUGAGAGAAUGGGAGAAGAAGCUGUUUUGGAGCCACCGAGAGUCAGGGGGAAGCCUAAGAAUUGCUUGAUCAAUGACAAAAAGGGGAAGAAGAAAAUCUCAUGGCAAGAUCCAGUGGCUUUGAAGGUCUAAAUUUCCCUUGGAUUAGUCCUUCAUUGGCAUUGCAAUAGAUGAUUAUGAUUGAGAUUUUUUUUUCUUUGUAUUUUUUUUAUUCCUUUCCUUUUUCAGUGCAAACUGGAAAGGGAGUAUCUGAUAAAUCAGUACACAUGAAAAUGUGGAACACCCAUUAACCAAAUCAUAGGAAUUAUAUCUUACAUGUUAA